GGUCGACCGACGAGCGUCUGCAAGACACAGGUGCGGGUUGUGAAAGAAGGGUUGAAUCCGCAGCAGUCAAGGCGUUGGUACUCUUGCAACAACAGAGCUUUCAGUCUCAGUAUAACCGUGCUUGUGCGUUGUUUCAGACUACCGAUGUCUCUCGCGCAGACGCAAUACUUGAACAAUGAAGGCUUUGAGCGGUAUGUUGAGAUGUUUCGCAAGCAAACUACCAUGAGUGAUCAUAAGAAGCGCGCUGUAACCCACCCAAGACUGGAGUACUACUCAGCGCAAACAACAUUCUCUCACACGAAUGGCUUCCCAGAAAGCGAGCGUAGUACAAUGUCCAGUGCCGGGUUGUCCCACCCAGAAAGCCGAGCGCAAGAAAAUCAUCCAGCAUAUGCGCCACGGCCAUGGCAUCGAGCUUGACACCACCAAGGGCGGCAAUCUCAGCCACCAACGAACUGUGGUGCACGCCAAUCAAUUUGCCGCUUGGCUUCGUGCAAACGGACUUAAGGAGGAUAUUAGCUUUUUCACGCAUGUAGAUGACGGGCUUGCAACCCCGGAGACAAGGCGAAAGGCCAGGCAUGCAUCGACAUUCGAUCCAGAUGACCAGACAGACAAUCGCACAGAUUCCAGCGACUCCAGCGGGCUUCGGGAGCAAGAGGAUGACGACUUUGCGACACAAGAGGCAGCAGACCAAGCUCGCGUCUUUGAUGAAGACUUCCCGGUCAUGCCAGACAAUACCGGCGACAGCGUAUACCCUGCAGAGCGCUUGCUGAGAGCCGUACGUGUGGUCGGCUCAGGCGGGCACAUUCAAAUCUUCCCACCUGUCGAACAGCCAACACUUUCUGUUCGAGAGAGGGCGGAGUCGACCAGAAGAGUGAACGAGCUUCGAAGAAACCUGCGAGAUGUGCCCUCGGACUUCAGACUCACCGCGGACAUCGCACGGUGCAUUUGUGACGAAGGCAACCCCGAAAUUGCUCGCUUUGCCCUGUUUUGCGAGCGAUUCGCGGAGGUUGAGUAUGAUGGUAGAGACAUGGCUGCGUUUAUUCGUGAUGUCGCGCGCAUGUACACGUCGUGGUUCUGCAACAACGGUAGGAUAAGCUUUCUGAAAAAGCUGGAGGAUGAGCUGGUGGACGCACGAAGAGAUGGUAGCAUUGUGCCGUUGCGUCGUGGUGGAAGUCAGGGCUCUUUACAUCGGCCCGCACUUAAGAGUAGCGAUAAGCCAUGCCUGGCGCAAAUCCCAGCACUCUCACUGGGCAGCACUGCAUGAUAGUCAACACCAAGAGCAGCCAAUGGAUUGA